CAUCACUCCACCAAAAUCACCAAAAUGCCACCCGAACCACAUGAAAUCGAAGAGCGUAUAGCGAAAGCCUCUCAUGCAAUGGAUAAUAAUCCUUACCUGAAAGGUACGAAGGCUGCAAAGCAAUUUGGGGCCCCAUAUGAACGUCUAAUGGCUCCUACAGGAAGGCUCCUUUUUUGGAGCUCUGGGGAUCCCAAUUCGUUAGUAUUAAUUCGAUGGACUAAAGCAUGGAUGGUCCGGCAAGCCGAAUUCCUCAAAUCAAUACGAGAGAAGCCUUUAUCCGCAAAGCAAUUAGCUAUACAUAUUAUAGAGGAUAUCAAGGGGUAUUUCCAGGAAUUUGACCGAUAUAAGAGAAGAUAUAAUAUAGAGGAUUACGAUAUAUCUAACUUUGACGAGAGUGGGUUCCAAAUUAGAGUCAUUACCGGUGAUCGAGUCUAUGUUUCCCACGAUUGCGAAGCUAUAUAUAAUACAGAUCCAGAGAAUCGAGAGCUUGUAAUAGCAGUGGCUAUAAUUAAUUAUAGAGGAACCAAGGUGCCAGUAAUAAUUAUUUUUAAGGGAGCAUACUACUUGCGGGGAUACUUCAAAAACCAGCUUGACGAGAAUAUACUUUUCGCGCGAUCUCCUACAGGAUUUACUAAUUAUUGGCUUGGAGUAUGCUAUAUUAAGUAUUUUGACAGAUUCUGUCCCUUUUCUGGACCCGGCAGAUAUCGUAUCUUGAUUUUCGAUGGCCACGGCUCUCAUAUUAGUCGUGAAUUCCUAGACUAUUAUUGGAAGUUUUGGGAUAAGGUGUUUAAUAGCCGCAUGAUCGCACGGAAUUCCUUUAAGAAAACAGGGCUAAUUCCUCUCGAACCAGAAGUGGUACUCUCAAAAAUAAAGGAAUAUAAGCAACUUCAGAAGCAAACAAGACGACAAGCUC